AUGGCGAGAGACGAUUAUGUCGAGUCGCCUCCGGAGAGUCCUAUCGAUGAAGCAGAGGAGGUGGCCGAGCUGGCAGCAGUACCCGGGGCUCCUGUCGAGCGUCAUAAUCCCCUAGGCCACAACGUCACCUUGCUGAGUGCAAUCAACCUCAAUUUUGGCCAAAUCCUAGGUCAUGGGAUCUUCAGCAUGGGUGGGGCCGUGUUGGCAUCUGUCGGGUCUGUUGGGCUCUACUUCACCGCCUGGAUCCUUGCGCCCUUACUGGCAUAUGUUGGUUUAAUGGUCUACAGCGAAUUGUCAAGCUACUUUCCUCUGCGAUCAGGAGGAUCCGUCGUAUACCUUGAGCAGCAGUAUCCAAGGCCGAAGUUCUUCGUGCCUAUCGUAUUCGCCGUUACCUCGACACUGCUCGCUUAUCAUGCUGUUACGGCGAUCGUUUUCGCCCAAUACUGGCUUGUCGCAUUCAGUUUGCCGAUCACAUCAACCAGCCAAACAGUCGUUGCAAUAAUCGGCACGACUGUCACAAGUGCGAUUGCGUUGGCGUCUACCAAGUGGAGUUUAAGGAUCGUCAACGUGUUCUCUAUCUUCAAGGUUCUCUCCCUUAUCUUUGUGGUCAUCACCGGCAUCGUGGUCCUACUCGGUCUCACCCAUAUCAAAGACCCAUGGACGCAUUUCCAGCAUCCAUGGGCCAAUUCCAACUGGGACCUCAACGGCCUCGCCAACACCCUCAUCAAAACGAAUACCGCAGUAGCCGGCUGGCACAAUGCGUUCUUUGUGCUGGGUGAAGUGCGCUCUCACGAUCCGGUGCGAGUCGUCAGCCGAGCGGGCUACAUUUCCCUCAGUAUCACGAUUGUUUUGUAUCUGUUGACUAAUGUCGCUUAUAUCGCGGUCGUGCCGCCUGAGGAAAUCAAGGCGAGCGGACAAUUGGUUGGGGCGCUGUUUUUCAAGCAUGUGUUCGGAGAGAGCGCUGCGGCCAAGAUCUUACCGAUUAUGGUAACAGCGAGCUGUUUCGGGAAUAUGAUUGCGGUUGUAGUAGGCUCUGCACGCGUCUUACGUGAGAUCGCACGCCAAGGCCUCCUCCCCUGGCCCGCAUUCUGGUCCACCUCACAUCCCUUCGGCACCCCUUCCGUACCAAUCAUCUUCAAAUGGUUCCUCAGCGUGCUCGUCAUCCUCCUUCUCCCAGCAAAGGACGCAUUCAACUUUCUACUUGAUCUGGCCAGUUACCCGUUUCUCGUGUUCGGCGCGGCGUUCACCUUUGGAAUCUGGCCUUUGAGAGAAAGGAUGAAGAAGAUGGGACUGCCGAAGUGCAAAUAUGAGAUGUGGGACGUUUUCAUUGUGCUGGUACCGCCGGAAGAUGGUCAGGGAGAUGUCUCUUUCUGGUAUGGUACCUACUGCGUAGUGGGUAUGGGUGUCUUACUUUUUUCUGCACUUUUCUACUAUGUGUAUAUUGUCUAUCUGCCCAAGCGGGGCGGCUACGAGAUCGUGGAAGAGAUAGAGGACUUGCCAGACGGCGCAAGGAACGCGCGUCUAGUGAGAAGAUACAAAGCUCAGGAGGCGUCGACAGAGAACGAACCUCUUCUCUCAUGAUCCUACAUUUCAACUAUAGACCUCUCUCGUCAAAACCUCUAUACCUCACGUUGUAUGUAAUACAUAUGGAAUGCUCGACUUUCUACGAUGCACAUUUUUAGAGGAAGUAAAAAUGACCAAUAGCAACGCGCAUUGACACGAAAGUCUUCUGGUCGAGGAAAGAAGAGGAUUGAUACAGGUGAGGUCGUGGGUUUGAUGUUGGGUCAGAUUGCGUUGCUAUGUCAUGCCGUUCUGGAGAACAUCAGAGUUGUAUAUCGUUGCG